AUGAUAAUUAAAGGUAAAGGAAGAAAGAAUGCAAACAUAUUCGAGGAUAAUAAAGUGCAUAUAUUUUCUGUUAAUGGUACAACAUUAAUUCCUCUUCGAGAAUUAGAACGCCAUGAUGUUGUCACUCGCUUAACUUAUUCACAUGAUGAAUGCUUCUUGGGUACUGCUGAUAAUAUGAAAAACAUAACGCGUUAUCAAUUACUAAAUUUUGAAUUAAUUGGUCGUGAUAUGUGGUGUUAUCAUGCAGCAACUGUAACUGAUCUUGCAUUUAGUCUUGAUGGAAAAAAAUUAGCAUCAGUUGCCAUUGAUACACAUUUAAUGAUUCAUCAAACUGUAAAUAUAACAAAAGUGAAACAAGUUAAAGGUUAA